AUGCCACUAAGAUAUAAAUUUUCAGUAGGAUCGAUUGAUAUGGAUAGUGUUCAAGAAAAACACCACAAAACAUGGUGUGUUGUAGGCUAUAUUAUAAAUUUGUUUAAACCAAUAAGAGAUCCAAAGAAAAAUCUUAAAAAAAUGACAAUAAAUAAUAAAAUAAUUUAA